AUGGUUUUACAUGCAUCUGUGAGCUUGGUACUUUGUGUUUGGUUAACGGGAUCUAUCGUCCUGUGUGAUUCGACAGAGUUCGUAGUUCGGGAAACUGUUUACGGAAAUGUCCGAGGUUACGUGCACUCGGUAUUAGACAACAUAACAGUGGAGAGAUUCCUGGGGAUACCGUACGCCGCUCCUCCCACGGGCAACCUCAGAUUCGAGAAUCCCCAAGAUCCUGAAUCUUGGGCGGACAUUCUGAACACGACACAGCUACCACCAGCCUGUCCUCAGACCCACUGGGAGUACGUCAUCGAACACGUGCCAGGCUUCAACUACCACGACGAGGACUGUCUGUAUUUGAACAUCUACGUCCCUCGGACACCCGGUUCUACCGUGGACGAUCUGGCUGUGUUGGUGUACGUGCAUGGCGGUUCUAACCUGCAGGGAAUGGCUGGCAUGUUUCACGGAGACGUCCUGGCGGCGUUAGGCAACAUCGUCGUUGUAGCAGUCAACUACAGACUCGGGGCGUUCGGAUUUCUGACCGGGCAGAAUGCGGAUUUCCCUGGUAAUUACGGUCUAUUGGAUCAAAGUUUUGCUCUUCAGUGGGUUCAAAAGAACAUCCGUUUCUUUGAUGGCAAUCCAGCCAAGGUCACGGUUCAAGGGCAUAGUUCUGGUAGUUCAGAUGUCGGUUUACACAUAUUUUCCCCAAAAUCUAAAGAUCUGUUUCGUUACGUCAUCAUGCAGAGUGGUGUUCCAACAGCUAGCUUCUCAAUUGCCCGUCCUCCACGGAAACCGGAAAUUGUCCUGACGACAAUUGCCGAACAUUAUGGCUGUUUAUUCUCCGACAAGAAGCGAAUUAAGCAGUGUCUGAAAAACGUCGACUGGAAAACCAUCAUCGACGACCACAGCAUAAUUUACGAAACCGAAUACCCAGCUACUCGUUUAGUUUCUUAUAUUCCUGUGGUCGACCACGUGUUCAUCAGCGACACGCCAGAAAACCUGAUGGACAAGUGGCCGCUAAACGGGGAAGCCUUCAUGACUGGCGUCACCAAGGACGAAUGUUCAGUAUGGGCUAAAUCAUAUGGAGAUUUGAACAUCAUGGAGUUGACUGCAGAGAAAGUGAAAAGAGUCAUUUUUGAAGGCGUAGUGCCAGAGGUGUUUCCUCAAUUAAUUGAUUUUGUAUUGAAGGUAUAUAAACCUUCGUCGGAACUUACGAACGUAACUGCAAACAUCGUGGCUUUCUAUAGUAUCAUGAGUGACUCUGUAUUCGUUGCCCCAGCUGUAGACUUCGCCAGUCAGAUUUCUAGGAGAAACAGAAAUACUUAUUUUUACACAUUCGAGUACCAGUCCCCUGUUUCUCCGCCACCAUCUUGGUUAGGAGUCCCUCACGGGCGCGACCUCUUCUACCUAUUCGGCUGUCCGUUCACGGGACACCCUCUUUACAACUACACCGACGACGACCGCCGCGUCAGUAGCAUCGUCAUCGACAUGUGGAGCAACUUCAUUAAACAUGGAACACCUUCAUUUUCAUCAAUUGUCGCCGAGCCAAUUCCUCGAUUCACGGAAAAAGAUCAGUUUUAUGUGAAAAUAUCUGGCUACAAUCAAACCAGUGCAGUGUCUAUAAGUACCAGACCCCGGGCUAGGCAUGUUAUGUUUUGGAACUAUGUGUUACCAUGGAUACGAAACCUGCGUGAGUCCAAAUAUACCAAGAUGGGGACACUAACGUUUGUGUUUAUAUCUCUCACAGGGUUUCUUCUUGUUGUGUUAGCCUCUGUUGUUCUAUACUACAACAGACGUCGUCUUAAACGGUGUAGAAAUUAACUUGUACAUAAAUGCACAUUAUUUCAUGAGAAGAUGAGAAGAAGUGCCAUUUAUAAAUUGAAAGUAAGCAUUGUUCACGUUCCUGCAAGUAUGAAGCCCAGAAUCGCUUUACAAACUGUAUGCACAGCGUAGCACUCCCAUUGUAUCUACACCUUGUUCGUUACAUUGUAAGACACAUUCUGACAUUUUAUAACCAAAAUACUCGUGUGUUAGGACAAUAAAUACUCAUGUGUUAGGACAAUAAAUACUCAUGCGUUAGGACAAUAAAUGUGACUGUUAUC